UCUCCCCGCCUCCCGGGCUCCCUGCGACGCGGCCGGGGUGGGAGCCGAGCCGGGGUGCGAGCCGCGGAGACGUCCGUCCAGCAUGGAGGCCUGAGCCGGCGUCUUGCGCCACCACCCCGGGUGCCGCCCCGAUCUGGACGCGGGUCCCUGCCGCGGAGACAGGUUGUCUUGUGGAAAUGAAGGUUUAAAGAGAAGUUAUUCAUCACAGGAGAAAUGGGCUCCAACAGCAGCCGAAUCAGCGAUCUUCCGAAAAAUGAGUACUUAAAAAAGCUCUCAGGAACAGAGUCUGUCUCUGAGAAUGACCCGUUCUGGAAUCAGCUUCUCUCCUUUUCUUUCCCUGCACCAACCAGCAGUAAUGAAUUGAAGCUUUUGGAGGAGGCAACUAUUUCGAUCUGCAGAUCUUUAGUUGAAAACAAUCCUCGAACGGGAAACCUUGCUGCACUAAUUAAGGUCUUCUUGGCCAGAACCAAAGAGCUGAAACUCUCAGCAGAAUGUGCAAACCACAUCUUCAUUUGGCAAACACACAAUGCUUUGUUUAUUAUUUGCUGUCUGCUAAAGGUGUUCAUCUGUGAAAUGUCAGAAGAAGAAUUAGAACUUCAUUUUACUUAUGAAGACAAGUCUCCUGGUAGUUAUAAUUCUGACUCAGAAGAUCUUUUAGAAGAAUUGCUCUGCUGUUUGAUGCAGUUAAUCACCGAUAUUCCACUCUUAGACAUCACCUAUGAUAUUUCAGUGGAAGCCGUGUCCACGCUAGUGGUCUUCCUCUCCUGCCAGCUCUUCCACAAAGAAGUCCUGAGGCACAGCACCAGCCACAAGUAUCUGAUGCGAGGCCAAUGUCUUCCAUAUACCAGCAAACUUGUGAAAACCUUACUGUAUAACUUUAUCAGACAAGAAAAGCCGCCACCUCCAGGCACUCACGUCUUACCUCAGCAGUCGGACUCGGGAGGUCUGCUUUAUGGACUUGCAUCUGGAGUAGCAACUGGACUCUGGACUGUCUUCACUCUGGGUGGUGUGGGCAGCAAGGCGACUGCCACUCCGGAACAUUCUUCCCCUCUGGCCAACCAGAGCCUCCUGCUCCUCCUUGUGCUGGCCAACCUGACAGAUGCUUCUGAUGCACCAAACCCCUACCGACAGGCCAUUAUGUCCUUUAAGAACACACAAGAUAGCAGUCCUUUCCCCUCGUCAGUUCCACACACUUUCCAGAUUAACUUUAACAGUUUAUACACGGCUUUGUGUGAACAGCAGACAUCCGAUCAAGCCACUCUCCUCCUGUAUACAUUGCUCCACCAGAAUAGCAACAUUAGAACAUACAUGUUGGCGCGCACAGAUAUGGAAAACCUUGUGCUACCCAUUCUUGAGAUCCUCUAUCAUGUUGAAGAAAGAAAUUCACACCACGUGUACAUGGCACUUAUAAUACUGUUGAUUCUUACAGAAGAUGAUGGCUUCAAUAGGUCCAUUCAUGAAGUGAUACUAAAAAAUAUUACUUGGUAUUCAGAACGGGUCUUAACUGAAAUAUCCCUGGGAAGUCUUCUGAUUCUAGUCGUAAUCAGAACCAUCCAGUACAACAUGACAAGGACCAGAGACAAGUACCUUCACACAAACUGUUUGGCGGCCCUGGCAAACAUGUCUGCGCAGUUCCGAUCUCUUCACCAGUAUGCUGCCCAGAGGAUCAUCAGUUAUACCUGCCGCCACUUGCGGAGAUAUGUUUAUGUGUUGGACAAACUGUAUUUCCCCCACUCUCACUGUUCUACGCUUCAGCAUUGCUUCUCGACCCUCAGUGACAAUGGAGAGGAACUCUUGUCUUUAACUUGCUCUCACAUUCUCAGAUCCUAUGCUUCCAGUCUGUUUUCCUUGCUGUCCAAAAAACACAACAAAGUACUGGAACAAGCCACACAGUCCUUGAGAGGUUCCUUGAGCUCCAAUGAUGUUCCUCUACCGGAUUAUGCUCAAGACCUGAAUGUCAUCGAGGAAGUAAUUCGCAUGAUGUUAGAGAUUAUCAACUCCUGCCUCACAAACUCUCUUCACCAUAACCCCAACUUGGUGUAUGCACUGCUCUACAAGCGCGAUCUCUUUGAACAAUUUCGAACCCACCCUUCAUUUCAGGACAUCAUGCAAAAUAUUGAUCUGGUCAUCACUUUCUUCAGCUCCAGGCUGCUGCAAGCUGGUGCCGAGCUGUCAGUGGAACGGGUCCUAGAGAUCAUCAAGCAGGGGGUGGUGGCACUGCCCAAGGAUCGGCUGAAGAAGUUCCCAGAGCUGAAAUUCAAGUAUGUGGAGGAGGAGCAGCCCGAGGAGUUCUUCAUCCCCUACGUGUGGUCCCUGGUCUACCACUCAGCUGUGGGCCUCUACUGGAACCCACAGAACAUCCAGCUUUUCACUAUGGAUGCCGACUAGGCCCAGCCAAUGGACAACCGGUGUUUCUUGCUAGCUAGUUUCUGGGUGGCAUUCGUCAGGGGAGAGGCCGUGCACAUUC